ACCUGAAACGGCAUUUAAAAACUCAUUCUGGAAACAAAUUGCAGUGUUUAUCAGUGUGAUAAGGUUUAAAGAAGGAGCAAUUUCAAAACUCAGUGGGUUUUUCUUUUGUCAUCACUUACAGAUAUACCUGAAAAGUCAUGCAGAUCUGAGGCUCUGCAAUUUAAAACGGCACCAGAAAAUAUGUAUAUUUGUGAAAUUAGGGUUGACUUUUCAUUCAGAUUGCAGCUGAAUCUGAUUUUCCACUCAAGAAAUUAAAACUUUUUAUUGGCUUUCUUCACCUCUCUAUUUUUCAGGCUUUUCAUUUCAUAUUGUGUACAUCCACACCUGACCAUCUCCUUUCAGAUUAAAGCUGCAAAUUCCCCAAUGUCAUCUCUCUCCUAACAAGCUGAUGAUCUUAUUAAGAAGUGAUAAAUAAGGGAGACAUACAAAAUGUGACAUGAUGACACUGAAUGGCACUCUUAAUGAAAGUGAAGAAGAGAAAGACCAUUGUGAUAAACAUCAUUUAACAACUGGAGAAAGAUCAACACAGGCUAAAAAGACUUCCUCACAAAAAAGAACUCACACUCAAAAGAAGGCUUUCACCUGCCAACAGUGUGGAAAGAGUUUCAGACAUAAAGGAAGCCUUAAAGUCCACAUGAGAAUUCACACUGGAGAGAAACCUUACACCUGCCAACAGUGUGGAAAGAGUUUUAAUCAACAAGGAAGCCUUAUAAUCCACAUGAGACGUCACACUGGACAGGGCGUUUUCACCUGCAAACAGUGUGGGAAGAGUUUCGGUGGAAAAGGAAACCUUAAAGUCCACAUGAUAAUUCACACUGGAGAGAGUCCGUUCGCCUGCCAACAGUGUGGAAAGAGUUUCAAUCGAAAAGAAAACCUUAACAGGCACAUGAGAGUUCACACUGGAGAGAAGCCUUUCACCUGCCAACAGUGUGGAACAAGUUUUGCUGAAAAAGGAAACCUUAAAGACCACAUGGGAAUACACACUGGGGAUAGCUCUUUCACCUGCCAACAGUGUGGAAAGAGUUUCAGGCAUAAAGGAAACUUUAAAGUCCACAUGAGAGUUCACACUGGAGAGAAACCUUACACCUGCCAACAGUGUAGAAAGAGUUUCAUUUACAAAGUAAGCCUUAUAGCCCACAUGAGAAGUCACACUAGACAGGGCGUUUUCACCUGCCAACAGUGUGGAGAGAGUUUCAGUGAAAAAGGAAGCCUUAAAACCCACAUGAGAAUUCACACUGGAGAGAAGCCUUUCACCUGCCAACAGUGUGGAAAGAGUUUCACUCGAAAAGAGAACCUCAACAGGCACAUGAGAGUUCACACUGUAGUGAAGCCUUACAUCUGCAGACCCUGUGGAAUGAGUUUCACUGGAAAAGGAAAACUUGAGGUCCACAUGAGAGUUCAUGCUGGAGAGAAGCCUUACACCUGCACUUUGUGCGGGAACGGCUUCACACGGGAACUAAGCCUUAGGGAACACAUGAAUAUCCACACUGGAGAAAAGCCAUUUACAUGUGAUCAGUGUGGAAAGAGCUUCAGACGUAAAUUGACCCUUAAUUAUCACAUGAGAAUUCACACUGGAGAGAAGCCAUUCAUAUGUAGUCAGUGUGGAAAGAGUUUUAGAUUUAAAGAUAACCUUAAGUACCACAUGAGGACUCAUUAGAGAGAGAACUGUUUAGAUGUCGUCAGUGUGGAAGGAGUUUCACAGACAGGAAACACUAUACGAAUCAUUGUAUAUAGUAACUCGCACAAGAGAGAAGUUCCCAUGUCUUCAGUGUGAGAAGACUUUCCCAUAUCAAAGAGACCUGAAACGGCAUUUGCAAACUCAUUCUGGAAAGAAACUGCAGUGAUUAUCAGCAUGACAAGGUUUAAAGAAGGAGCAAUUUCAAAACUCAAUGGGUUUUUCUUUUGUCAUCACUUACAGAUACACCUGAAAAGUCAUGCAGAUCUGAGGCUCUGCAAUUUAAAACGGCACCAGAAAAUAUGUAUCUUUGUGAAAUUAGGGUUGGCUUUUCAUUCACAUUGCAGCUGAAUCUGAUUUUCCACACAAAAAAAUUAUUAAAACUUAUUUUCUCAUAUCUAUUUUUCAGCCUUUUCAUUUCUUACUGUGUACAUCCACACCUGACCAUCUCAUUUGUGAUUAAAGCUGCAAAUUCCUCCAAUGUCAGCUCUCUCCUAACAAACUGAUAGAUAAGGGAGACAUACAAAAUGUGCAGUGGUGGGUCCCUUGAAACCUGAUGGGACUGAAAGAGGCGAGUCAUGAACUUAAUGAACGGAAAGAUCAUUAUGAUAAACAUCAUGAUUUCAUGACUGGAGAAAGAUUGACACAGGCUAAAAAGACUUCCUCACAAAAAAGAGCUCAAAAGUCAGGAACUAAAAGUUAUUUCACCUGCCAACAGUGUGGAAAGAGUUUCAGACAUAAAGGAAACCUUAAAGUCCACAUGAGAAUUCACACUGGAGAGAAGCCUUACACCUGCCAACAAUGUGGAAAGAGUUUUAAUCAACAAGGAAGCCUUAAAGUCCACAUGAGACGUCACACUGGACAGGGCGUUUUCACCUGCCAACAGUGUGGAAAGAGUUUGAGUGGAAAAGGAAACCUUAAAGUCCACAUGAGAAUUCACACUGGAGAGAGUCCAUUCGCCUGCCAACAGUGUGGAAAGAGUUUCACUCAAAAAGAAAACCUCAACAGGCACAUGAGAGUUCACACUGUAAUGAAGCCUUACAUCUGCAAACUGUGUGGAAUAAGUUUCACUGGAAAAGGAAAACUUGAUGUCCACACGAGAGUUCACAAUGGAGAAAAGCAUUACACCUGCACUCUGUGCGGGAACAGCUUCACACGGGAACUAAGCCUUAGGGAACACAUGAAUAUCCACACUGGAGAAAAGCCAUUUACAUGUGAUCAGUGUGGAAAGAGCUUCAGACGUAAAUUGACCCUUAAUUACCACAUGAGAAUUCACACUGGAGAGAAGCCAUUCAUAUGUAGUCAGUGUGGAAAGAGUUUCAGAUUUAAAGAUAACCUUAAGUGUCACAUGAGGAUUCACUCGAGAGAGAACUGUUUAAGUUGACAUUGUACCUGAAUCUGAUUUUCCACUCAAAAAAAAAAAAAAAAAAAAAAAAAAAAAAUUAAAACUUAUUUCCACCUCUA